UCCUUUUUGAAACCAAUGAAUCCGUAAUUUCAUUUAAAUUCUGUGGUGUUUCAGACCGUAUCUUCGAAAACACCGGAAGUUAUUAAGCUGGUAUUGCAGCUUGAUUGUAUUUCUUUUGAGGGCAACAGUUGUUUAUGAGAUGGCCGUACAAAAUAUUCCAUCAUGGCUGGCUGUAUAUAGCAGUCAGAAGGAUGGAAAUAAACAUUGCUGUAUUUAUCUGUAAUUUGCUUCAAAUUGCAGUUUGCAGUCAUCAUGCACGGAUGUCUGUCAAUAAAGAAAAUACGGGACUAAAAUCAUGGCUAAUAAUGAAACUGAGGACAGUAUUCUCAAAGCGAUAGAAGCAUGCAACACCGCUCAAGCAAUGAUAGAUAUAAAUGCGGAACAUCUUGACGGAUUGCGAACCCAGUGCGCUACCAGUGCAGAAUUGACACAACAUGAAAUUAGAACGUUGGAGAGUAAGCUGAUAAAAUUAUUUAGCCGGCAGUUAAUAGCUAAACAAAAAUGUCCAGAGAGUGCAUCUUUACCAGAAUUGGUUCAAUAUCCUCGCCUACAAAAAUGGCUCCAAGUUGUUGGCCUGUGUCAAAACUCCAUGGAAAAUAUAAGUACAAAAAUUGCUACUAUGGAACUGCUGCUAAAAUUACCUGAGCAAGAAGUCAAAGAUGUGAUGCGUUUAUCUGAAGCCAAAGAUGAGGAGAAAAGAAGACUGUUAAUAGCUCUUAGAAACUUAAAAGCUUAUACUGAACGUCAAAUACGAGGUGAAAUGACUACAGCAGCAGACUUAGAUUUACAUUGGGAUUCUUGGGACAGAAAUUCUACAAUAAGUUCUUCACCUCGAACUCACCAUCAGCGACGAGUAGCUAGGUCUUCUGUACCUUCAGAAGAACUAUUGAAAAGCACACCAACACAUGGUCCUCAAUCAGCGCCAACAAGUAUGAGCUCUAGCCUCCAUGGAGGACAUCAUUUAGGUCACAUAUCCAUCUCUUCAUCAUCUUCUGUUAUAUCCUCUGCGCACCAUGGACCUUGGUCACCUACUCUUAAUUCCACACUCUCUCCUAAUAUCACAUCCCCUCGUGAAAGAAGAUACACUCCACCUCAUACACCUCCUAUGUCUGGUAAGAGGACUGAGGCCAAGAAGUUUCCAACUACUCCACCCCCAAGUAAAAAACAUCAGACCAAUCUCCUGCCAGAUCUAUAUCCAUUAACCAAGAGCAAAUCCCAUGAAGAGCAUUUAGCCAAUAGAAUCGAAUCUACAGAUAACGUGAUUCCAAGUCAAAAUGACAAUGUUCCUCGUCGUAGAUUAGCUACGGAACCAGGUUUGGAAUCAUCUGGAUUUUAUGGUCAAAUAUCUCCUCUAAUAUCAUCACCAAAUAGGUCUCCUCCUUUUGCAAGUCCAGAUCAGCAAGCAGAUGGAUGUUUUAUUGAUGAUUCUUCUGCUCAAGAUGCAUCUCUUUCCGCACCAAAAUCUCCUAGACCUCAUGGUAUGGUCCAUGCAAUUCACCAUAGAUUCACUUCUUCUCUAAAAGUUACGACUUGUCAAUUUUGUGAGAAACCCAUGUUUUUUGGUUAUAAGUGUAAAGAAUGCAAAUUCCGUUGUCAUAGGGAUUGCGUUGACAAAGUGCCUCCAUCAUGUGGUCUGCCUAAUGAAUUAGUAGAUAUAUUUGCCCAAACAAUGAAAAACGACGAAAACCGGUCUCCUAUGCCUUCAAGGAAUCUGAUAGCCAGUCCUGGAAAUGCAAUGAAAAGUGAAAGUGCUCGUGAGCGCAAGUGGUCUCGCCAGCAGCAGCAGUUGAUCAGCCUUCCAGCUUUUCCUGCUCCUGAUUCCUCAUCAAAUACAUCAUCUUGCAACUCAUCCACACCAUCUUCUCCUGCUCUUCUCAGUGCUGCUCAGCAGACGCCGCCAGCUGCUGCUCGCAUUCAUCAGUUCCAAUUCCCAGAUGUAGAUACUAAUAAAGAAAUAACUUUAGAAACUAAGCCUUUGGUUGAUAAUGAAAUGGUUGAAACUCAGAAAUCUAAUGACAGUGAUAAGACUGUUGGAUCUGGAAGUACGGAUUCUGAAAAGACUUUAGCUGGCCGUGUAGAUUCACAGGAUAGCCAAGUAUCUGACGUGGAUCCUAGUGAAAGAUCAUGGCCUAGACAAAAUAGUCUAUCUUUACGAGAAUGGGAUAUUCCAUUUGAUGAGCUUGACAUCUAUGAGGAAGUUGGAACAGGAAGAUUUGGAACUGUGUACAAGGGAAACUGGCAUGGUAGUGUUGCAAUUAAAAUGUUGGAUAUGGAUCAUGUAGAUGACAAAAAAACACUUGAAACUUUUAAGCAAGAGGUAGCAACUUUUCGAAAAACACGUCAUGAAAAUUUAGUUCUUUUUAUGGGUGCCUGUAUGAAACCUCCUAAAUUGGCAAUUGUUACAAGUUUAUGCAAGGGAAUGACUCUCUAUACUCAUAUUCAUCUCCGGAAAGAUAAAUUUAAUUUGAACCGGACAAUCACCAUAGCUCAGCAGAUAUCGCAGGGAAUGGGAUAUCUUCAUGCUAGAGAUAUUAUUCAUAAAGAUCUUAAAACAAAAAACAUUUUCUUUGAAAAUGGCAAGGUUGUAAUAACUGAUUUUGGGCUAUUUUCAGUCACAAAAUUAUGUCAUGGUAACAGGAAAGGUGAAUGGUUAACUAUACCUAAAGGCUGGCUUUGUUAUCUGGCGCCAGAAGUCAUUCGUAGCUUAAAAGCUGGAAGCCAACAAGAAAAUGACAAUUUGCCUUUUUCUAGAUCCUCAGAUAUUUAUGCCUUUGGAACUGUAUGGUAUGAAUUGUUGUGUGGCGAGUGGCCUUUUCAUGGUCAACCUUCAGAGGCCAUUAUUUGGCAGGUUGGUAAGGGUGUGAAGCAAACCUUAGCAAAUAUACAAGCUUCUCGGGAUGUUAAAGAUAUCUUGAUGACUUGUUGGGCUUAUAAAGAUACAGAACGUCCUGAGUUUAGCAAAAUCCUCAUGAUGCUUUCACGCCUUCCUAUGCUUCCAAAGAAGCGACUGGCACGAAGUCCGUCGCACCCCAUUCAUCUGUCACGGUCUGCUGAGUCCGUUUUCUGAACAGUUUGUGAUUUUUCAAAAGAGAGUUAUCAACUGUAUGUUAUAUUUGCUGUGUGCAUUUGUAUAUAUUUAAACAGUUUAAUGUGAAUGUUGCAUUACUCUUGUGGUAUCAGAUUCAAGGACUAUUGCCAUUUGAUUAUCAUUCUUCUGUGAAGAUGUUUCUCUUGGGUAUUGAAAAACACAAUGCAAGUUUCAAAGUUUAGUCAAAACACACACACAUAUAUAUAUGUGUCUAUACACAUAUAUACAUUCCUAAUAUGCAUUCAUGUGUCCAAUUACUGAUUUCAUAUUAAUUUCAUGGUUUUCUUAUAUAUCUUUAAAUAUUAAGUUGUUUUAUAAAUACUGUUAAUGAAGCGAAACUGUAGUAUUUCCCGAUUCAACAGAUAUGUUUACUUUUUGAUUGACAGUGUUGCAUAAACUUUGUUUUAAAUGUUUCUGGUUUUAAAAUUUUUGGAGGAGAGAGAAUUUUUUAAAAAUAAACUCUAGAUCCUAUCUGCUAAUAAAGGAAGUAAUGAUAAUAAGACAUUUUAUUUGUCUAUUUUCUUAAGUUUUAUAAUUAGUUAACAAAUUUGUUUUUGUUUCAAUAAUUUUUACUUUAAAAAUUGACAUAAUGCAGUUCUUGAAAUCAUAUUCAACUUUGUGUACAUGAUGAACUUGUGACUUACUCAAUGUCCUAGCCUUUGGCAAUAGUCCUGGAAUAUCGAGGGAUUUGAAUUUAAGAAAUAAAAGCUCAGAGAACAAUUCUAGGAAUGAUGCUGCAAAGUAAAUUGUGAGUGUGUUUCGACUCUCUCCUUAUAAUUAUUAUUGUAAAAGAACAAUUAUUUUUGCCUGGAGGAAAUAUAUAUAUAUUAUUUAAACUGCUACUAAAUAUGUGUAUAUAUGAUGAAUGUAUGUGUGGGAUUUAUUUAUUCUUUAAUUCUACUAAAGCUUCAAAUAUCCAAAAUGAUGGUUGAGUCAGCCCAUUUAUUUAGGAGGAAAAAUUUUUAUGCCAAAUAUUGUAACAUGGACUGUCAUAAAUUAAAGCUAUUUUUAUGACAAUUCGUUUAUAUUAUCGAAACAGUGAUUUUUAUUGAAUAAAUAAAUACAAACUCUAACAAAUGAGUUGCAAAUUUCAAUCAGUCGAAAUACGUCAAGAGCAUCCUUUCCAAAAUGUUAUUAUAUUGUUUACAUUAGAAAACUUUAUUUAGCUUAGAAUUUUGAAUGCAUUUUUUGAUUCCUUGCUCAAAGGCAUCCUUUUGUUUUGCUUUUUUUUUUUUUUUUUAAAUUAUGGGGGGGGGAAUUGUGCAUUUGCUUCUUAUAAUAUCAGAAGCUCAUUCAAUUUCAAGCAAAUACUUCUGACAAUGUGUAUUGCUUUUACAAUGAAAAUGAUGUAGAAGUGUUAUAUCAAAAUUUUAAUGGAAGCUACACUUUUAACUUUUUUUUAUUUACGGUAAAUUAUUAAUGAAUUUACUUAUUGCACUUUAUAUAGCAUAAGAAACAGAUUGUAAUGAGUUUUAAAAGUAUAUUAAAACAAAGGUGUGUAAGUUUUUUUUUUUUUUUUUCCCUCGCAAAGGCAUAUUUUCUGAGAAAUUUUAGAUUGGUUAAUGCUUUGAGUAUUUCAGCUCUUUUGUUGAUAACCAAAUUUGUUGUUUCUAUUUUGCCUUCCAAGUAAAAAUAUUUUAUGAAAUAACAAUUUUAAAAUGCAUAUAUUUUAUUCAAAAAAUCACUGUAUUUUUAAAUUUCUUGUGUGUAUCAGAUUUUGAAUGAUAGGUCUAUUAGAGCUUUGAUUAUAUUACACUACUACUUUAAUGUUUGUUUAAAAAUGUUUAUUUUUUAAACUUAUAUGCAUUUACCAAAAAAUAUAAUACAUUUAAAAAUACCAAAGGUACUAGUCACUGUGCUGUAUUUUUCUGCACUUGUAGUUUUGUGUAUAUAAGUGUAUAUUUCGAUCAUUUUUGUAUUUUCAUUUUCAUACUUAUCUUCAUUUAUAUAUUAUGUUAAAGGACAAUCAUGUGAUUGUUCCUGUAAGUAAAAUAUUUGUUCAUAUUCAUACAGUUAAAAGAAUUUGCUGUUUACAUAUAUGUAUUGGUUAUCUCAUUCUAAUAUAUUGGAUUUGUUUCUACACAUAUUUUGAAGGGUGUUACAAAAUAAUUUAGAUUUUUUUUUUCAAUCAAAUAAAUCAAACAAAAAAUUCUAAAAAAAAUCAAACAAAAAGUUUCACAUUGCUUGUUAUGUAAUAAAGGCUUAAAAUCUUAUUUUGUUUCGAAAAUAAAUCUAAUUGUAAAUUGGCACAAACUUUUUAAUAUAAUACUGAAUGAGAAAAUUUUUACUCAUAAUUUAAAUCGUAUUUGUAACUUUCAAGAUUGUUAGCAAUUAGGCAAAAAUAUUUUGUAUUAAAUUUGAUUAAAUGAAUUUCAUUGGUGAAUCAGAGACAAAUUAAUCAAAAAUAAUUAUAAGGUUGAGUUUAUCUUGGUAUGUUUCAAAAUAUAGUUAAUCUUUCAAGUAUUUUAUUUGAAAAGUAUUCAAGUAUAUAUUAAAUCAUUUAUGUUAAUUCAUUGUGCAUUAAAUCUGAUUAUUUUAGAUGACAAUGUGCAAUUCUACCAUUUUCUUAAACAUUUUUAAGAUCACAACACAUAACUCAAAUGCUUGCCCCUUCAAAUUAUUUUAAAGUUGCAUAUAUGAUGAAUAAAAGUAAUGCAAUCUUUAAAAAAAAAAAAA